AUGACCGGUCCAGGGCGAUCGCCCUCCUCACCGUGGGUGCAGAGUGCACAAGGAAGAGCCAACCAACCUUUUCAUCCUGGUUUGUCACCUACACAGACGAGCAUGCACACGAGUUCAGAGCGACCCAGCCCCAACUACUUUGGUAUCACGGUGGACCACUCCAGCAAUCCUCCCACCUCAAAUGCUGGACCACACUUGCAAAGGAACUGGGCAUCAUUUCAAUCCUCCUUACCAAGUCCCAAACUUCAACUCUACGUCCAGGAGCCGGUAUCAGAGAAUCUGUCAACCCUCCUGAGAUCCGAGUCGGAGGUUGACAAAGGGCGACGCGAGUCGGCUCUGCAAAGUUUCUCUACAAACGGAGAUUCACCGGCUAACCGAACAUGGUUGAGGACCUCCCAUCCCCCGACGACGGGUGGGCUAGCAAACAACCGGGUACAGGGAUCCCCGAGUGGUUAUUGCAUCAAGCCUGGACAGAAUCCAGGGGCUGCGUCAUCAGAUGACGGAUCAUCCAUACCAUCUCGAUGGAUCACAGCUGAGCGUUGUGCUGAGCUCAUCAAGUCCAAGUCACAGAAGGUUUUGCUUCUGGACGUUCGCCCAUAUGCCCAUUUCUCCCAGUCCAACAUCACUGGCUCUUUGAAUUUAUGCAUCCCUACUACCCUUCUCAAACGUCGCUCGUUCGACACACAGAAACUCGAGAAAACCUUCACCUCUGACGAUGAUAAAGGAAACUUUGCUCGAUGGCGAGAGUGUACUACGAUUAUUGUCUAUGACUCUGCUACAUCAGAUGUCAAGGAUGCCGUUCCCUUGGGGCAUGUCAUCACCAAGUUUCAGGCAGAAAACUGGGAAGGGGAGGGUUUGAUCUUGCAGGGAGGGUUCAAGGCUUUUUCCAGCCAAUACCCGCAACUCGUUCGCCGACCACAGGCACAGACGGCAGGACCAUCGCCGAAGAAGAAACGCUCCCCAAUGAGCAUCGAUCUAAACUCUAUUGCUCCCGUUGUCGGGGGUUGCGCACUGCCCGCAUCCUCAUCCGCCGCUAAUCCUUUCUUUGGCAACAUUCGACAGAAUAUGGAUCUCAUGGGAGGAGUCGGCCAAAUACCAUUGAAGCUACCAGAUGGUUUAACAGAAACACAACGACAGGAACUUCCUCCAUGGUUACGAGAAGCCUCGGAUGUCAAGGAUCAGGGACACCGUCUCUCCGAGAAGUUCUUGGACCUGGAGAAGAGGGAAUUGGAACGAAUGAAGCAGGCGUUGACGUACGAAGGAAGCUCGGCGUCUACUGGUGGGGCUACCAAGAAAUAUCGCGUCGCCGGAAUUGAGAAAGGCACGAAGAACCGCUACAACGACAUUUAUCCAUUUGACCAUUCUCGCGUCCGGCUUGAAGGGAUUCCGUCUGGGGGCUGUGACUAUGUGAAUGCCAAUCAUAUCCAGGCUGAGUUCAGUAACCGGCGUUACAUCGCCACACAGGCUCCAGUACCUGAUACCUUCAAUGACUUUUGGCGCGUAGUAUGGGAACAAGACGUUCGACUGCUCGUUUCUUUGACCGCCGAGGUUGAGCGAGGCCAGACCAAGUGCCAUCCCUACUGGAAGUCGGGAGAUUAUGGCCCUUUCAAGGUCAAGGCUUACUCAGAGAGAUUCAUCAACGUGGAUACCAAGGACCGAUCCAUUGACCCGACGGCAAAAUCUCCUCUCGGGUCUAGCCAGCAAGCACAAAGGACGGAUGAGUCGAAUGAAAACCCGGUCAUCAUCGUACGACACUUCAGUCUCUAUCAUACCGCAUUCCCAUUCCAACCUCUUCGGGAUAUCACUCAGCUUCAAUACCCCUACUGGCCCGACUUUGGAACGACCUCCCAACCAGCCCACCUCCUGAACCUGAUUGAGCAAUGUAACAAGGUGAUCCGGUCCACGAGCACCUCCAAAUUCGGAAACCAAGAUGCCGAGCCAAAAGGCCAGCGACCGGUCCUGGUCCACUGCAGCGCAGGCUGUGGGCGCACAGGAACCUUCUGCACCGUCGACAGCGUGCUCGAUAUGCUCAAGCGACAACGCAUGAGCAGCGAGGACUCCAACUUUGAUGCUCUCCAAAACCCGAGUCUCGACCUGAUCGUCAAGACUGUGGAAGACUUCCGGACUCAACGACCCAGCAUGGUUCAGAAUCUGAGUCAGUUCGUGCUCUGUUAUGAGAGCGUGCUCGAGUGGCUCGUCUCCCGGAUGGAUGACGAGGAUGAUUAA